AUGCAAGCGAUUGGCGUUCCUGAGGCGAUGUUGAAUCAAUUUAGUGCAUUAAUUGACAGGUGUCCAUUUUCAAGUUUGGCCAACCUUCUGUUAUGCGUGACGGAAUCGUCUUUCCAUGAGAAGUUGCACGUCUUGGAAAUUACCGAUUUUAGACAGAGAUUGCAUGGUAUCAACCAAAUGAUCACCCGUCACUUGCAGCAACACAUCGGAGAAAAACUCGACCGUAAACGUCGAGAGUUUUGCCUACGACAACAGAGUAACCCAGCGUCGACUCAUUGCGUCACAGAGGAUUUUAAGAUGGACGACUCCAUGGAUCAUAAUGAUGACGAGUUUGGAGAGCUUGUGAAUCAGUUGAAACGGGCCCGAUUGCCUGCCCAUGCUCGUUCUGCUAUCCAUCGCGACGUCAACCGGUUACGGAAAUUACCCCCCUCUUCGGCCGAAUCGUCAGUUUUGCGGAUUUAUCUAGAAUGGGUGGCGGACUUGCCCUGGAAGAAAGCGACCUCCGAUAUCGUUGAUCUACGAGCUGCUGAAAAGCAACUGGACCACGACCACUUUGGAUUGGGACACGUAAAACGAAGAAUUCUGGAGUAUCUAUCCGUUGUCAAAGUGAAGCAAGAUUUGAGUCCGCCCAUCCUUUGCUUUGUUGGUCCACCAGGCGUAGGUAAAACGACGCUGGGUAUCUCCAUAGCGACAGCUUUACAACGCAAAUUUCACCGAAUCGCCCUGGGAGGCAUACGGGAUGAAGCCGAGAUUCGUGGUCAUCGACGGACGUAUGUUGGGGCUCUGCCAGGAGUGCUUAUUCAGAGCCUGAAAAAAUGUGGCGUCAAUAAUCCAUUGAUCCUACUUGACGAGAUUGAUAAAAUCGUACAGGGUACACAUCAGGGCGAUCCAGCGGCUGCGUUACUGGAAGUACUGGAUCCAGCACAGAAUUCGUCAUUCACCGAUCAUUUUUUGCAUAUUCCAUUCGACUUGUCUCAAGUGAUGUUUAUCGCUACGGCCAAUUCGAUUGAAUCAAUACCCGAAGCAUUGUUGGAUCGUAUGGAAGUGAUUGAUCUGCAUGGAUAUACGUUUGAGGAGAAGCUCGUCAUUGCCAAAAGCCAUCUCGUACCAAACCAACUUUCGGCGCACGGAUUGAACCAUGCUGGUUUGCAUAUCUCUGAUGAGGUACUGCUGCACCUAGUGGAGCAUUAUACGAGAGAAAGUGGAGUCCGACAGCUUGAUCGUAGGAUAGCCAGCGUGUGCCGCUACAAGUGCCGUGAAUAUGCCAAUUUGGCAGAGGAAAAUAUGCUAUCAACCUUUGAUACCAACGUCAAUCUCGAUGACAUUGAGAAAAUACUAGGACUCGCACCGUUUGAAAAUGAAAUCAUGGAUAUGGAGGCCAUCCCUGGUUUGGUGAACGGAUUAGCCUAUUCCCGCAGUGGUAUUGGCAGUGUUUUGCAGGUCGAAACAAACCAAAUGCCAGGACAAGGUGAUUUAAAACUGACAGGUUCUCUUGGUGAAGUUAUUCGUGAAUCGGCGCUUAUUGCGAUUUCCUGGGUGAGGGCGAAUGCGUAUGCACUUCAUUUGACGAACUGUUCUACCGACGUCUUAUUCAAAGAAACUGAUAUCCACAUUCAUCUUCCCAAUGGAGCUGUGCCCAAAGACGGUCCAUCGGCCGGUGUCACACUCGUCACUUCAAUCAUUUCUCUUCUUUCAGGCAAACCCGUCCCAAGGUUGACGGCUAUGACGGGUGAAAUCACACUCAGAGGUCAAGUGAGACCCGUAGGCGGUAUCAAAGAAAAAGUGUUAUCGGCGCAUCGAGCAGGCAUCACAAAAAUCAUCCUUCCCAUACUGAAUCGUAAAGAGGUAAUGCAAGACGUGCCCAAAACCAUUCGUAACGAUAUCCAUUUCGUCUUUUGCAAGCAUAUUUGGGAAGUCGUUCAGGCCGCAUUUGACCCGUACGAUCAAGCCGCGUUGGGAUGGGAACCCCAGCAUAGUAGUCGACUGUAG